AUGCGAACCUUCAGCUUUAUUUUAAUAAUAUGCUCGCUGCUCGUGCUGGCAUCGUCCGUUGCAGCCUCUUAUCCUCCGGAAAGAAGACGUUUGAAUAAUGGCUUUGUUAAACGACAGGAUUCAGAAACGAUCACAGAUAAUACAGAGUCGAGUAGACCUACGAGAACGACCAACACAGCGGACCCAUCCGAUACCGAGACAGCUGAUUCCACCGAAACUGGCACAGAUGAUGCCUCAAAAACUGGCACCAACACCAAAAGUACGGGAACAAGGACCACUAAAUCCAGAGUCACAUCCGUGGAUCCGCGCUCUCCACCUGGAGGUAUCAAGAUGAUAACUCCGGCGCCCACCGCAGAUAGCACGUACGUAAAGAUAGGUGACUUUGCAACAUUCGCCUGGAACUAUACUUCCGUCAAAGUUACCCCUUCUGCUAUCGAUGUGGUUGCGUACUGCACGAAGAACAAGCACUACUACACAAUUGCAGCAAAUCAAAGCAUGCAAGAAACCGGUAUCGUGACUUGGGACACGAGCAAAUACAAGACGGAAGAUGUGCCUCUAUUGACGGAAAUAUACACUCUCCUUGUCUAUGAUGUCGAAGUUGGACCCUCGGAUCUCCCUGGUCCAGGCCGUUUGGGAGGCCAAGGCCUCAAAUUUGGAGUAUACUCGCCUCAGCCAUAUACGCCUUUAAGUAAAUCUGAAUGUGUAACAUGUCUUGAUAACGGUGCCUUAUCUGGAACUCAGCAGCAAGCGCUUUUCUUUAUGUUUGGCAUGAUUGCAAUCACUAUUUGCUCUUUCGGUUGGUUUGCCAGUGGCUUUGGGCUAUUUGCUUAA